AUGAAUUUAUUUAAAAUUUUUCACACUCGAAAUCUUACAACUGGCCGCACGCUCGAUCGGCUGGCGGGCGUGCCGGAAGACAAGCUGGUCGAGGCCCAUGGCAGCUUCCACACCAACCACUGCAUUAAGUGCCAAAAGGAAUACGGCAUUGCCUGGAUGAAGAAGGAGAUAUUCGCUGAUCGGCUGCCCAAAUGCACGGCAUGCAAGAAAAUUGUGAAGCCCGAUAUUGUUUUCUUUGGGGAAGACUUGCCCGAAAAGUUCCACAAAAGUUUGGAUGGAGACUUCAAGGAGUGCGAUCUGCUGAUCAUCAUGGGCACCUCGCCGGAAGUGCAUCCGUUUGCAGCUUUGGUGCAGUACCCUGGACCGCGCUGUGUGCGUCUCUUGAUCAAUCGCGGUGAUGUGGGUCGUCCCAAGUUUACCACCUGGAUGGAUGACCAAAAUGACGAUUGUCUGCGGCAGCAUCCGCUUGGCACUGGGCUCGACGAGAACAGCGAGUCAUGUAUUGACUUGGCGGAGCAGUAUUCAAAGGCGACUUUCACCCACCUACGUCGAGGCUCUUCAGUGUGACCGAUGAAAACAGUGCUGGCGCAGCACAGCUCAUUGAUCAGACGAUGAACAGCAGACAGCAGACUGCAGCUCCAGCUCCAGCUCGAAAACAUCAUCACAUCCGUUCUUGUGA